UGCUUCUUUAAACGACACUGUGACGUAAGAAUUCAAGAAUCGAAACUUGGAAACCGGUGCCUCUCCUGCUGAAUGUUGCGAUUACUAAACUCUUGUCUGCGAGCACCGAUCACGGGACGUGAGGAGCAAAAGUGAAUUGUUGCCUGAAAAGUAAACCAAGAUGUCAGUUGAAUUUUGUGGCUGGGAGGCAAUCAAAAGUAGCCAGGGUCAUCUGGAUUCUGGUCAGGAGCCACUGGCUGCUACUGGUUAUACAAUGUACCAUGGCACCUACAUCAGUAAUGCUGCAGACAUCAUAAAAAAUGGGUUUCAAAGGUCCAAGGAUGGUUUGUUAGGACCUGGUGUCUAUGUGAGCCGCAACAUAGAAAAAGCCAAAUGUUAUCCCCAAAAGACAGACAAAAAAGAUAAGUUAGUACUGAAGCUCAGAGUCAAUGUUGGAAAAGUUAAAAAGAUUGACACUGACAAUCAUCUGCUUCAGAAGACCUGGCACCAGAAUGGCUAUGACUGUGCAUGGGUCCCCCCGAUGAGCAAUAUUACAUCCAUCAAAUCUGGCAGGGAGGAAGACUGUGUGUGGGACCCCAAGAGAAUAAAAGUGGUGGACGUGGCACUCUGCAUGGACGAUGCAACUAGACAUGGUUUAAGGAGACUGAUUAAAAAGAUGAGGCAAAAUACAAAUCAUGGAAACUCUUCAGAUGAAUGUCAUAAGUGUGGAAAGGAGAUGGUCACACUACAUCCAGUGCAGAAAUGCUGGAACUGCGAUGAUACAAUCUGCCCUUUCCAAAGUAAACACAAAUGUAGGACUUACUCCCACUGUGUUGCACGAUCUGUCGUCUUUUUGAUUGGUGGGAAUGGCCUUGAUGGAGGGAAGAGCUCGAUGAGUAAUAGCACAUCAGUGGACUUUUAUGGUUGGGAAGUUUCAUACGAUGACGAUCAUCAUCUGACCGCUGAACAGGAGCCCACAGCUGGACGGAUCUACACAAUGUACCAUGGCGCCUCUGUCAAUAAUGCAAGAAGCAUCAUCAGAAACGGGUUCAACCAGUCCAGGGAUGGCAUGCUUGGCCCCGGUGUCUACAUAAGCCGUGACCAGAAGAAAGCUGACAGAUACCCUAUUAACAAUCCACCGACUGACAGAGUGUCCCUAAAGCUGAAGGUCGAUGUGGGGAAAGUAAAAAAAAUCGACACUGAUAACAACGCAAUGCAGAAAACCUGGCACAGCAAUGGCUACGAUACUGCCUGGGUACCACCAAAUUGCGGUAUGAAAGCAGUACCUAGUGGUCUGGAGGAGGAUUGUGUUUGGGACCCUAAAAGGAUUGAGGUUAUAGACAUCGCCCGUGCCCCCAGUGAUGCCAUAAAGAACGAGCUGCAAGCCUUAAUCACCCAGACACGGAGCCUCAAGAAUACAACAUCACAACAAAACAGUGCCAACUGCCAGUUUUGCAAAACCAAGGUUUCCUUGCCCCACCAAGUGGUCACGUGCUGGGGAUGUGGAGAAAACAUCUGCCUUUUCAUGGCCAAACACAGCUGCUUUCGACAACAGCAACAACAUUUAUUUCUAUAGCACAGUGCUUUACAUGAUGCAGAAAGAGAAAAAAGACAAAAUAAAUAAGAAUUAAAAUAAGGGAACGCUAAUUAACAUAGAAUAAAAGUAAGGUCCGAUGGCUAUGGUGGACAGAAAAACCAAAAAAAAAAAUAAACUCCAGACGACUGCAGAAAAAAAUAAAUACACCUCAGGUUUUUUUCACAUUGUAGAGUGGCAGGAAACAUUCCAAAUAAUCACAUGAAGAUCAAUCAGGGACCACCUUAUGGGUCGCCAAAUGUAAUUUCUUGAACACUUUACCGUUGGACUGUAAAAUGGAGCAUUCUGAAGCAGGUAACUUGAAAAGCCAUAUUGAGUACAAGUGAAGACUGGGAUAAUAGCCGAGACCUGCUGUUGUGCUGGAAAAUCAGAGUGAAAAGAACACGUGAGGACAGUCACUCGGUCUUCUUUUGAAUGGUAAUCAUCUACUGCUAAAGCUUGAAAAAUAGGAAUUUCUCAAAAUACAUCAAUUAAAAUAUAUAACAA